AUGAAGCACACACACGAGAGUCGCCGAUUCCCUGACUCGCAUGGCCGCACGAGCAAACUAAUCACGAAUGGAUCACAUAUUCAAAGUCGGUGACGAUGUGCUCGUCGACGCACGCCACUUGCAGCUCGAAGCGGAUACGCUUCACAUGUUCAGGCGUCGUUUCUUCGGUUCAUGUCGCAUCCUUCAAGUCGUCGGUUCUGAUACUGCCGCUAGUCCGAUCAGCUUCCGUGUGAAGCUACUUGAUUGUCUUCGACAGGCUCGCGUACACGAUGUUUACCACGUCUUCUUGCUGCGUCCUUAUCGCAGACCGUCCGAGUGCUUCGCCGGACGCUCUUAUGAGCGCCCUUCACCCAUCAUGGUGGACGGUCACGAGGAGUUCGUCGUUUCCGAUAUCGUAUCUUGCCGAGUUAUCGACGAUACCCCUCCACGCAUCGAGUACCUUGUGCGUUGGAAGGACUAUCCUGAUGAGGAGGCUACUUGGGAGCCCCUCGAGUACUUGGAGCACCCUCGGAUGUUAGUGCGUGCAUAUGAUCGUGCUCGUCGUGCUGAGACAUCUGCUCCUACUCAGCCGACUGACCCUCUUCCUCCUCGUCAGGCUGAGGAAAUUGCUGAGGACGAGCCCGCUCCCUCUAAGGCAGUUCUUCAGCAGCAGACGGACACCUCUUGGGUUCGGUGUCCGAUGGGGAUUUGCAAUGUGCCUGCCACGUUUCAGCGAGCGAUGAACAUGACGUUCCAAAACUUCGUCAACAAGACACGGCUGACGCAAGGGAUGAUCAACUUCUGCGUGAUCGUGUACAUGGACGACAUCCUGGUCUAUUCGGAGACUUAUCACGGGCACGCGCAACAUAUUGAACGGACAUUGGGCGCACUGAGAGAUGCUGGGUUCAAGAUUGCGCUCGAGAAAAGCGAAUUUUUCCUCUCGGAAAUUUCGUUCUUAGGCUACAUUGUGACACGUGGAGGAUUGCGACCGGACUCGAGAAAAGUUGCGGCGGUGAAGGAAGCCCCGGUUCCCACGUCACUGACGCAGAUAGAGUUCCGCUGGUCAGAGGCGGCCCCAUUCGGAGAAGGGCCGGAGCACCCAGAAGACAGCGUGGAGAUUCUGAUCAUCCAAGCCUGGAGGACAGCGGAACAGGGCGACCUACUGGGAUUCCUGUUCGGAAAGGUGGACGAGGGCAAUCUCACCUUGAUAACGGACGAGUUGCUGGUGUUUUUGACUCAGCUGGCGGACGAUCUGCCCCUGGACAUCUUGUCUCACAGUGAUAAGCAGCCUGGCACCCACGUGCUGUCUCGAACGCUCGAGCCACACUUUGUGUGGUCCAUGUGCACGGAGAUCGACGAGGACAAUUGUCUCUAUCCCUCCCAGGCGCUCUACUUGGACAUCGACGUUACCGAUCUCAUGUUUUGGGACCCGAUUGCGAGACAAAACGUAGCACAGGACGAGGAGAUAAGGAGAGCAAAUGAAGAAGAGGAAGAAGAAGAGCCAUCGAGUGAGGAAAGGGACGAUCCGGACUACGUAUUGGAAAGAGAGGCGGGGAUAGCCGACGAAUCAAACCAGCCGCAGGCGCAGGACGAGGGGGUGGAACCAGAAGAAGAAGAAGGAAGCGGGCUAUCAGGAUCGGAGUGCGAAGGAUUCGAGGUUGAAGUGCGCAACGCGGCGCGAGAACGAGCGCGAGAGCGGAGGAAACGGAAGCGCCAGAAAACCGCGGAGGGAAAGCGACCCACAACAGACGUAUCCUCUGUCGAUCCGUCGAUCGGGGACCCGCGGCGUGAUCCAGAACCGCCAGAAGAGGAAGAUGAUGGAACCACAACAGAGGGAUCACGGAGCCGAAGAAGAAGAAGAAGUGAAUCGCCAGCUCCCUCCGGCUCCCCGUCCCGAUCCUCCCUUCGUCUACAUCAAGAUCUCAAUGUUCCGGCUUCGUCCCCAGUCGUUCUCUUGCCGACCCCGUGACUACCUCAUGCUCACCCGCCUCCCCCAUAGACCCCCAUUCCCCGAUGGA